AUGAAGGUUCCAAGGCUUGUGUUUCCUUGUCUGCCCAUCUGGCUUGCAAACGGUGCGUUUCCAACCAUGUUUGAUUGGCCCUGGGGUCCGGAGAAAAGAUCGCGGAAGCGGACUUAUUUAUUUUCCCCAGCCGGACCGUCUGAUGAACUUGGCCUGAAUCUGGACUCGUGUCCUGCCAUCGUCACCUACUAUGUACUCAUCUGGUAA